AUGGAUCACUACCCUGAAGUCAACGUUGGGGUGCAAGAACACCCAUCAAGUGCUUCGCGCCACGACUCUGCAUCCUCAGUCACCAAAGCCUCUGACUUCCACUCACCACCGUCGCUCGUCCCAAGUCGACAACCUUCUCACACCAUGCCUUCCACUGCGGCUCCCUCAAACACUUCAGCGCAGCAAAAACCGACUUCAAAUCCUCCCACAUCAGACGCUACCGAGCCACAAGAACAGGAGCGCAAGGAUUCCAUCCACACCGAUGAGCAGACUGCCGAGAAGCUCAAAGCCGAGUUAGCUCGUUACACAGACGCACCACCGCCAUUCUCAGAGGAACAAUACGAAAACAAGACCGAGGAGCAGCAACUCAGCAUGAGGACGCAGGACUAUGCGAAAGAGCUUAGCAGGAUGAUGGGCCGCCAGCUCAUCACUACAUCAACACUCGCAAAUUUGAGAUCCGCCACAUCCGGUCAAAACAUUUCAAAUACACUCACAACAAUGGACUCACAAUCCUCGUCUGCAUCAUCGUCUCCCACCUCAUCGCCAACAUCGCAAGCCUUCAGCGCAUUCCCUUUCCCUCCUGUUCCGGACCACAUCAUCGUGACCUUUGACGGCAAAGUGCGCGAGAUGGUACGGAUAACGAAAGACCCCGUCGAGGCGCGCGAGUCCCGCCCAAAGCCAAAGCGAUACUACUCCCAAGACAACUAA